GUGUGUUUGCAGCCAUGAUGCCCGUGGCCACCGUGAUGCCCGAUGACACGCCCAUGUUCGACCCCAGGAUCCUGCAGGAGCUGGACUGGAGUGAGAACACCACCACCUUUUCUCCUGCCAUUUCUCCCCUGGAUCCAGGGGAUGGGCUGGUCCUGAGGCCACUUUGCACAGCUGAUGUAAAUCGAGGCUUUUUUAAGGUUCUGGGUCAGCUGACAGAAACAGGAGUGGUGAGCCCGGAGCAGUUCAUCAAAACCUUUGAGCACAUGAAGAGGUCUGGGGAUUACUACGUGACCGUGGUGGAGGACACCAACCUGGGCCAGAUCGUUGCCACAGCAACGCUGGUUAUAGAGCAUAAAUUCACCCACUCCUGUGCCAAGAGAGGCAGGAUAGAGGAUGUGGUGGUCAGUGGGGAGUGCAGAGGGAAGCAGCUUGGAAAACUAUUAACGUCCACCCUCACCUUGCUAAGUAAGAGACUGAACUGUUACAAAAUCACUCUGGAGUGUCUGCCCAAAAAUGUGGAUUUCUACAAGAAGUUUGGCUACUUGGUAUCUGAUGAGAACUACAUGUUUCAACGGUUCUUUAAUUAACAGUUUCUAGGUGUUCUGGGUUCUUUUUUUCUUGGAAAGACUGUUGGUGGAGGAGCUUGUGCUGCAAACAUUCUCUCCGUGGAAAAUUUCUAUAGUUUAUUGCUGCAGAUAUAACAAUCCCUAUAAAUAAUGAACAUCAAAUGUGUAAAUCUUGGGGAAAAAAAAAAUUACUGAGGUUUUAGAAAGAGUCCUUUGGGUUAGAAAAUAAGUUUAGAACUAAUUUUUACUACUGUUGAGUCGAGGUGAAGCUUUUCUGUUCUAGCUGAGUUACAAAGGACUCUAAAGGGAUGGUUUUUAACCAAAGGUCUAUAUUUUUAUCUCAAAUUUUUUCUUGCAUUGUAUUUUUCUAAAGGUUUGUGCUUCUUUUCUCAGUAGCCAAAGGACAGCCCUGGGACUGUCCUGGCUGUGCUGAUGGAAGGAUGAUGUAGCUGGGGAAGGGAUGAGGCUUCUCUUA